AUGUCAGAGUUAAGAAACCAAUCAGCAUUUUCUUACCCUUCACCAGCAACAAACACUUUACCGAGAACUGACAUAUCACUUCGAGAAAUAUUAGAUACAUACCGUGAUAAUAAUGAUCUGUUGAAACAGAUUCUUAAUGCUAAAGUUGAAGAAGAUAAAGCAAGUAUUUUACUCUUUGAUUAUUAUUUUCUACUUGAUCGUCGAGCAGAAGAAGAAAAAUAUAAAACAGAACAAUUACGGUUACAAUGUAAACAGGUUGAUUUAGAGAUGUUAAAAGAACAAAAGAAGCCUCCAACAAUUUAUACUGGAGUUCCACCAAUAAACACAUCUACACCAGGAUUCAACGUAAAAUCUCCCUCAGACAUUCAUAGUCCAUAUUUACCUAUGCCACAACCGAUGGAUACAAAUUAUUCAGCAACAACACCAACAAGUGCAACAACGCGUUUAUCGCCUCCUUCAUCAGCCACUGGACAUGAUAAUGUAUCUUAUAAUGGGAUUUCAAAUUCACACAAUCAUUCCUACAGUUCAAUGAGUCAGCGCCCUUCUUUAACGCUCUCAAUUCCAUCAUUUCCAAUUAUAACCGCAUCUCCAACCGCUAUGCAUAAUCAUUCAUUUUCUACUCCUACCAGCA